GCAUCACAGUGAUACUACAAAUGGAGGAGGUGAAAAACUGCAGGAGCAGAGAGGGCCACAAACGUGUCAAAGCUGCAGCAACGACCACCAGAGGAGGAUAAAGAAAGAGAAGGAAAGGAGGCAGCCAAGAAGACGUUUGGCAUCAAAGCGGCAGGAAACGAGAGGACAACGGAAGAGGGGAAGAAGUUACUGUGCACAGGCUGGGUGGAUUAAAAGAAAAGGAAGCUGAGAAAGAAGAAAGGAGAAGAGGAAGCAAAAGGAGAAAACCAUUGAGAAAGGUGGAUCUUAGGGAGGAGCGUAGCUAAAAGAGCUGAGGAGGAGGUGUGGUGUCAUGGAGGAGGACAUCAGGAAGCAGGGGAUCCUCUUCCACCAGCAACAGCGCUUUGGGAAGAAGUGGAAGCGGGUGUGGUGUGUCCUCUACAGGGAAAGCUCCUGCUCCAUCUCCAGACUGGAGUUCUUUGAGUGCAAAGAUGGAGGUAACAUGAACGAAAAAACUCUGCGCAAACAGCAGGAAAACAAGAAGGUGAUCCGCCUGGCGGACUGCAUCCGGGUGACGGAGGUGGAGAUGGACGGAUGUCCCAAGGAGACGGGGUCCUUCCUGGUGGAGACCACCGAGAAGAUCUACAUGUUCGCUGCUGACAGGAGCCAGCUGGACGACUGGACACACAAACUGUGUGAGAUCGCCUUCCCUAUGAAGUGGUUGGAGCCCACGGGGAAGAGGGGGAGUCUGCAGAGGACAAGCAAGGUGGAGGAUGAUGAAGGGAUGGAGGACAACUCGCUAUACAGUGGCCGGAAGACAGUGCAUGACUUCAGGGUGUGUGUUCGGAGGACAGACGCAUCUGAACGCUGCAGAUUGAAGGGAGAUGGCAUCCUGCGAGCAAAUAUGGAUGGUCUGCACCUGAUGGAGAAGACUGGAGAAGUGCUGUUUGCUUGGCCGUACCGGUACCUGCGGCGCUUCGGACGGGACAAGACGACGUUCUCUUUCGAAGCGGGCCGCAGGUGCGACUCCGGCGAGGGAAGCUUCGAGUUUGACACCAAACAGGGAAACCUGCUGUUCCAGGCCGUAGAAGGCGCCAUCAGCCUGCAGAAAACAGCACCGCCCCAAAGGCAGACCUCAGGAGGGGGGCCAAUGAGUCCAGACACCCCUCAGAAUAUGAACCCGGGCCCCGCGCUGCCCCACAGCAGGAUGCCGCUGCCGCCACCGCAGCCCCCACCCCACAGCCAAGUCCCACAGGCCUUUGCUGCCCAGGCAGCUGACUUUGUGUACAGUACGGUGAGCGAAGCUCCUCACAGAGAACAUGAGAGCCCCACGCCCUCACAGCAGCAGCAGCGCCCCCUGCUGUCCCACCUGGAACCUCCAGUCGACAAAAUGCUGACCGGGGUGAGGAGUUUGAAUCUGGACUCCCGUGGACUUCCUGUGAGCCGAAAGAACCAGGUUAAGAUGAUCUCCAGUUGUCCUCUGCCUGAUCCCGGUUUUGAGUCCUGCCCCGGCCUGGCCCAGAACCCCAGUCCUACCCCCAACCGCAGGCACAGCCCCAAGCUGGGCUCCAACCAGAACAACGAACAGAUGUACUCUCAGAUCACCCUGUCCAGCACGGGCCAGUCCGUGAAGAAGAAGACCGGGAGCGCGGCUCCCUCCUUCACCAAAGAGCCAGAAUACUCCCUCCCCUUUGACACCAUUGCUCUAAAUGUCAUGUCCGACAUCCUUCAGGCUGACCAGGGCCUCGGCGGCGAGGCGGGUGCAGAUCCACUGUACGACAGCAUAGACGAAACCAAGAUCAGAAACAUCUUCCGGAACGAAAGUAAAACUCACGAGCCGGCGUACAGGAAGGCAGACCACAUCUACGACGACCCUGAAGGCUGCGCAGCCGCCGUCGCACCGCAGCGGCCUGACCUGGCCGUCGGGGUGUACGACGACCCCGAGGAGAUGAAGGGAGAUGCAUGGAAGAUUAUGGGCACAACGGCCGACCCCGUGGGCCACGAGUACCCCUACAACGCCCGCGUGGACGACUACGCUGUGCCCAAACGAACCAUGAGAGCAUGCCCUCCGCAGAACUCAGCUGAAAAAAACCAGGACGGGCAGGAGGAGGAGGCAGAGGAGGAACGGGAGGAGCAGACGGACGACCGGGAUGAUUCACCGUACAACAAUUUGAAGUUGAAAAUGGUGUAA